CGACACGCCCCACAGACCAGACGUGUUGUAGUUCAACCGCCAGCGUGUCGAUUUAGCGAUAUUUUAAAUAAUAUAUUACAUUUUGUGACGGCUUUUCGUGACACCGUUUGUUUCCCCGGGAAAAGUUGAGUCUGGACUAAAACAAGACAAUGACCAAAAGAAAAUCGAAGAGGACAGCAGAGUUCAAACCCCCUAAGAGAGCACAGCCCAGUACAAAACGUCAGAAAAGCACUGAAGAAACAAACCAGUCUGAUGAUGAAAAUCAGUCUCUGACACCAGAAUCAUGCUCAGACAAGCUGGAUGAACUUCAGCCUGGACAGAGCACAUUACAAGUCACUCCGACAACAGAAUUCCCUGUAGACCCUUGUUGUUCCCUGGAAGAAAAAACAAGUCAUGCUAUUAAUGCAGAGGAUGGAAAUGCAACAGAUCCACCUGAGGUCCCUCAUGAGAUUGAACAAAAUGUAGCGAACAUAGUGCAAACCCCAGAACUUGACAACAGCGACAAAUACACUCUGAAUAUGGAAGUUUCUAACAUAGAUCAGCCUAACGUAGAGCUAGAUGAUGAACAAAGUGAAAUCACAAACAACUCAAACUAUGAAUCUCAUGAGACCUCAGAUGACCAGAUAGGAAUUCAGAUGCCUGAGGAGGCAGGUUCUCCAGAUCCUCUAGUAAAGAGGAGAGUAAGAAAGAGGAUGGGAAUGUGCUGGCUUGGAGAAAGGAAGAACAUGCUGAAGGGACAGCCAACUGGGAGCAAUGAGUUUGGAGGAGGACAGGAGAACGAGGCGGGGCAAUUUACUAAUGAGGAACCGGUCAUGAUGAGUGACAGUGGGGAAAAGGAUCUCUUCGUUUGUCUUGAAGAAGAGGGAGGCACUGAGUGUGAGGUUUCACCGCCCUUUAUUCCAACCUCUUGCCCAAUGGAAGAUGUACCUGUACAGGUGGAACAGGAGCAGCCUGAUAUGCAGUAUGAGAAGAAAUUUCAGAUAUUAGUGGAAUGCAUGUCAAUUACUCAUGAAUCUGACAAUACAAUCCCAUCCCAUGCUAAUGCUGAUGAUCUACACCCUCCUGAGCAAAAUGAAAUCAAAUGCAUGGAGCAAAAUGAAAGCAACAUUAGAAAAACCAAUGAAGCCUCAGCAUCUGAGGUUGCUAACCAUUUUGAAGAAGAACUCACAGUGCAAAGCAAUGAGACUGAGCAGUGCUGUCCGUGUGAAUGUGGUUUGAACACCUCUAUCGUUGACCACACCAUUGAACAGUCUGUGCAGGGCAUGGAUAUCACAGCCGAUGAAACAAUCGGUUCACUUCCUGUAGUCUAUAAGACAGAAGACAACUAUGAGUCUUUGGACAUUACUCUAGUUUCCACCAAAGUCACAGCUGAAAACACGGCAGACUGUGGAGACAACAGCGUGCUGAGUUUGUCCUUACCUGCAGCUCCACCGGGUGCUGAAAAUGAAGAUGUGCAUUCGUUCACAGAGCAUGAGAAUUUACCAAGUGACUCUUAUGAGCCUCAUCUGAGUCCUGUUGCUGAACCGGAUCCCUCCAGCCCCUUAUCCGUGGACUCAGUGACAGAUUCACAGCUUAACAACAUUGCUCAGAGUUUGGAGGAACUUCCAAUCCCAGAAGCCUCCUCUGAUCUGGAAGAUGCUACAGAGCUUGUAAGCAGUUUGAUCAGAGAUAUCGCCUGUCUGAAUAAGUUAGUGAUUGAUGCACGCAGGAAAAUUGGAUUUGGGCAACAAGGCAGACAACCUCCACGACCACAGCUCCACACUCAGAAAUAUAGGCACAACACUAACAGAUUCUAAAGAUUUUAGAAAUCAGGAUAUUGUGGACCAAAAUAAAUAAAUAAAUGAAUAAAAGAGCACUGGAUAAUUUGCACAAACCAGUUCAAACUGAUUCGGCUGUGGUUACGGUUUGCCAGCAGCCACUUGUUCACAACUGUUCAUUUACACUUUUUUGAGGGUUGUGCCUAAGAGCAAAAACUCAGCAUGCAGAGUUGUUCGGUUUUAGUAAACCCAAGUUAACUCUUUACCCAAUAGGUUCAAGCUAAGAAGUUAACAUUGUAAUUCUGUCAAUUACAAGAUGUGAUCCCUAGACCGAAGGGUCACAACCCAUCUUCAGUUCCAACCAUAAAUGUGCAAAUUCCAGUUGAAAACACAUUUUGCAUAAAUUACUUUUUCUGCUAGUUGUUGCUGUGUGUUUGAUUGUGUGAAAUCAUGUUUUGCAUGUUCAAACUAAACCAAUUUCACUUAC